GUCUCAAUUAUGCAGUGCAAAUUGCUUCAGUGCACGGUAUUCAUAUUAACUUGUCAAGUCUUCAGUGGCCACAGUUUUUUGUAGCCUUUUAGGUCAAACUUUGCUAUUGACCCCUUGUUAUAAUAAUUGAUAACCCUCAAUUGGCGUUGCCGUUCUCCCCCUACCCGCAGAAAUCAAGAGAAAGGAAAAACUCAUUUCUAUUACCUGAUCUUCUCACUUGAUUCUCUCUGCCUCCAUGUGGAAUUCCUUCCUCCUACCUCCUUUUACACAUCUCUACCUUGUCUUCUUCUUCUUGCUGCACCACCUUACCUGCAUGGUCUCCGUUGAAUCGUCGUCUCCUUACAAACCCAUCGACUAUAUUCUACUCAAUUGUGGUUCCUCUGGCAAUUCAACUGCCUUAGACGGUCGGACUUGGAUUGGAGACGAGAAUUCAAAAUUCCUCCCUUUUGAAAAAUCACUGAACAACCACACAUCUCUGAUAAGACAAUCCCCCAUUAAUACCCAAGUGCCCUUUGCCACAGCUCGCAUGUCUCUCUCCACGUUCACCUACAAUUUCUCCGUCACCGCCGGCCAAAAGUUCAUUCGACUAUACUUUUACCCAGCUUCAUAUUUUGAAUUUGAUCGCUCUAAAGCCCUCUUCUCCGUCCAAGCUGGUCCUUUUACUCUUCUUAGCAACUUCAACGCUUCACUUACAGCAGAUGCUGAUGAGGAUCCGGGCGAUACCAUAUUCAGAGAAUACUGUGUCAACAUUGAGGAAGGUCAAAGGUUGAACAUAACCUUCACUCCAUCUCCGAUCGUUUCUGAUUCCUAUGCUGUUAUCAAUGGAAUCGAAAUCGUAUCGAUGCCUCCAAAUCUCUAUUACACUCCGGCGGACCAUCCAGGAUUUUCUCUUGUCGGCCAGAACGACCUGUACAGCAUCAAGAAUAGCACUGCUCUCGAGACAGUAUACAGAUUGAAUGUUGGAGGGAACUCCAUCCCACCCACUAAAGACACCGGAAUGUUCCGGGCUUGGAGCCCGGAUGACAAGUACUUGAAAGAAUAUCGCAUGCUUGUUCUACCUUUCAACAACACCAUCAAUCUAAGCUUUACUACAGUACCUGCAUAUGCUGCACCGGAAGAUGUCUAUCGGACUGCCCGAACUCUGGGGAUCAACUCGACUAUCAACCUGAGCUACAAUUUGACGUGGGAAUUCCCCAUUGAUUCUGGGUUUUAUUAUUUCAUAAGGCUACACUUUUGCGAGUUUCAGCCAGAUAUUGUCCAAUUGUUCGAUAGAAGGUUUCGUAUUUUCAUAGCAAAUCAAACCGCUGAAGAAGCUGCUGACGUGAUUUUUUGGAGUGGUGGAAAUGGUGUGCCCGUAUAUAAAGACUAUGCCGUUUCGAUGUUCACGAAAGAAAGAGACAAGAAGGCGAACCUCUACAUUGCUAUAGGAGCACAAUCGCAGUUGAAGACUGUUUACCCUGAUGCAAUCCUGAACGGCAUCGAAAUCUUCAAAGUAAGCAACAACAAUCUCUCCGGACCCAACCCUGACCCAAUUCUGGUGACCCCUCCGACGAUUGAGCCACCAAGACAAUCGACGGACUCGAAGAAUAGUAGAAGAACGACCAUUUUCAUUGUUGCUGGUGGAGUAACCGGAUUAAUUGUGGUGUCAAUUUUUGGAUUCUUGAUUUUUCGGACUGGCAAGAAGGACAAGAAUUCAGGUUCAUAUGAUAUAGGAAAGUCCAAACAUUCAAAGGCCUCGUCGCUACCGGAAGAACUAUGCCGCCGCUUCUCAUUACGAGAAAUCAAGACAGCAACACACAACUUCCACGAAGAGUUAAUUAUCGGCGAGGGAGGUUUUGGCAAUGUAUAUAAGGGUUUCAUUGGCGAGGGCACCGAGACUCUAGCGAUCAAGCGCUUGAGCACAAAGUCAAAGCAAGGUCUUCACGAGUUCUUGACAGAGAUCGAAAUGCUCUCUCAGCUUCGCCAUGUCCACCUCGUCUCUCUCAUUGGAUACUGCAAUGAUGACAGUGAGAUGAUCCUCGUUUAUGACUACAUGACCAACGCAACGCUUCGCCAUCAUCUCUAUGACACUGAAAAUGCCCCCCUAGAUUGGAAACAGAGGCUCGAGAUUUGCAUCGGAGCAGCCUGUGGUCUGAACUACCUGCACACUGGCACGAAGAAGCCAAUCAUGCACCGUGAUGUGAAGACGACCAAUAUUUUGUUGGACUCAAAAUGGGUGCCCAAGGUUUCCGAUUUUGGAUUGUCCAAAGUGGGUCUAGAUAACACUGCAGUCAAUACCGUAGUAAAGGGUACAUGGGGUUAUUUGGACCCAGAAUACGCAAGACGGCAACAACUGACAGAGAAAUCCGAUGUGUACUCCUUUGGCGUGGUCCUCUUGGAAGUUUUAUGUGCUCGAAAAGCAGUAAAUACCAAACUGCAAGAGGAGCAAUGGAAUUUGGCCAAUUGGGCCCGAAAAUGCAUUGAGAAUGGGAGCAUGGGCGAAAUCAUAGAUCCCUAUCUGAAGGGGAAGAUAGCUCCCGCAUGUUUUAAGGUGUACUUGGAGGUGGCAGAGAGUUGCGUGCGUGAACAGGGGAUCCAACGGCCUACCAUGGAAGACGUGAUGGAAAAGCUAGUCUUUGCAUUGCAACAACAGAUAGAAGCAGAUGACACGAUGGAGAAAACCAAUCCCAACGGCAAGCAUACCUAUACGGAGGUGUUAUCAUUCCAUGUUACCGGAUCCGCUCGAUUCAAUUACGUUCUUAGUGGACACGUGUUGGAAUCGGAUAGUGGGACCGAGUUAACUUGGACUCAUGAUACUGAGUUGACCUACCCAAGUCUAGGUUCUGAUAGUGUUAAAGCUGAUGUACCAACAUGUGAUAUGAUUGAUUAGGCUGAGUUAUAUUUUUACUUUAAAUUUUAUAUUAAAAAAUUUAAUAUUAUAUAUCAAAAAACUUUGAAAUUUAUAUUAAAAAAUUUAUUAUUUCUUAUAAA